ACUAAAAAAACAAAUCCUAAGAAACAAAAGCAUUGAGCUUGUGCUGUGACAGCUCCCACUCUCCACUUUUCAAUUCCCCUUGCUCCCAUCUCGAUCUCCCAAUCUGCAUCAAUGGUGAGCCUCUGGCGAGCCGCGAUGGGCGCCACCCAGGCCAACGCCGACGAAUACGACGGCGUCGAGUUCUGGGGCGCGGCGGAGCGCGCCGGCUGGCUCACUAAGCAGGGCGAGUACAUCAAGACCUGGCGCCGCCGUUGGUUCGUCCUCAAGCAGGGCAAGCUCUUCUGGUUCAAGGAAUCCAACGUCACCCGCGCCUCCCGCCCGCGCGGCGUCAUCCCCGUCUCCGAUUGCCUCACCGUCAAGGGCGCCGAGGACGUCCUCAAUCGCCAAUUCGCCUUCGAAUUGUCCACGCGGAAUGAUACCAUGUAUUUCAUCGCGGAUACGGAGAAGGAGAAGGAGGAUUGGAUCAAUUCGAUCGGGCGAUCCAUUGUUCAGCACUCGAGGUCGGUCACGGAUGACGAGAUCCUUGAUUAUGAUAGCCGGAAAUAGUUUCGAUUAAGUAGCAGGAGUCAAAGAAGGUCCCUUGCCAUUCUCUUUUGGUGUAUUAUGUGGAUAAUUUGAUGCAAGAAAGAUUUAGGUGCAGUUCAUUGGUGAAAGCAGAGUCUCAUCGAGGACACAGCAAAAUGGUCGAGUGUUACACUAGCAUGUAGAUGAUCUAUGGGCCAAACUUACUCACCCAUAAUUUGAAUUCUUGAACAUAAGAUAAAUUAGGUAGUGUUCUGCAAUCCUUGUAGUUCAGUAUAUGCUCGUUGGAAAACCAUUUAAGACGAGUUAGGAUGCAGAUACUGUAGAUAAGUUGGCUAAUAUAGAAAAGUAAAAGAUGGAGUCUUAUUCCAGUGUCUGAUAUUCCUAGAGGAUAUGGCGUCGGAUCCCGUCAUCGUUUCUUGCUCACAAAUGCAGUUCAAAUGCAUUCUUAUGUAUAGUGCUGGUGGUUGAAAAAACAGGUGUUUUCUAUGUUAGCUAGAUUUGUCAAAGGUUUGUGUAUGCUUUGUUUGUAUGAUGUGAGAUAUGUGUGUAUGAUGGAGUUGUUGUUGAGGGGAAAGGAGGAAGAAGAGAGGCAAUGGUGGUUUCUGGUCUUUGUUUCCCAAAGCAUAGUGGUUAAGUGUUAUUAAUGGUUUCAACUUUGGAUC